AUGACUAAUGAUCAGAAGAUUAGAUAUCUAAGGCUGAAACAGGUUUUCAACAAGGCUCUUAAUCAAUCCAUCUCCAAGCUAGAAAGCUGGGAGAAAGUGAGCUCUUGCUUUCCGAGAUACUCUAAUACAAGAGAUGGUUCAUCGAACCUAGUCACUUGCCAGCGGCAGGUUAUAGAAUUCUGGACAGAACUUUGUAAGAGAGAGUUUGACGAGAUACUGGUGGAAAGGAAUGUAAAGGAGAAAUUAGAUGAACUGGACGAUUUAGUAUCAGAAGCGAAGGAACGGCUUCGUUUGUCUAAUCAGCGAGGCGAUAUCAUGAAAGAUAGCACACCAAUUGACGAAUUGUCGAGUGAAAAACUGAUCCAAGGUAACUUGUACAAAGAAAGAAUCAUUGCUACUCAACAAUUGGACGACAGACUUGCGAACAUAAAGGAGAUAAACGUGAAUAUGCAGCAAGAGCUUAAUGAAUUAGUGGCGGAACUGGAUAAUGAACAAGUAGAACUAACAAAACUAUACGACAAAUAUCUAGGGACCGCGAUAGAGCAACCACUUGAUGAGACACUGGUUCAAGGUUUGAAUGAUAUGCUGCUUGAGCUACGCAAUCUGUGA